CCGGCGCCGUUGGGAGCCGCAGCUCCCUGAGCCCGCCUUUUCUCCGGGCCGGCGCCGCCCGCGCGUCAUGCUGUGCGCCACUAGCCGCCUCCUAGCGGCCCGGGCGGCGAGCGCCCUCCCCGCCCACCCCAGAGGCCGGGGCCCGGUGCCGCGGAGCCGGCGCAGGGAACUACAUUUCCCAGGGCACCCCGAGCUGCCCCCUGGUGACUUAUUGGCGGGGCGCUUCGCGGGACCCAGCGUGUCUACGGGCCGGAGGGCCAUCCUAAGGAGGGGAAGAAUGCCGCCGGCCGCGGGCGGAGGCCUGGCGGGAUCCGAACUGCGCCCCCGGAGGGGCCGAUGCGGGUCCCAGGCGGCUCGGGCCGCGGGCCGGGACGUGGCCACGGAGACGGCUACAGCGCGGAGCCCCAAACGGCCUGCUCCUCCGAGCUCGCGGCGCUUCGAGGCGGCCGGCCGGUGGGCCCUCCUGGCCCUGGUGACGCUGACGUCCUUCGCCACCCGCUUCCACCGCCUGGACCAGCCGCCGCACAUCUGUUGGGAUGAGACUCACUUUGGAAAAAUGGGAAGUUACUAUAUCAACCGCACCUUCUUCUUUGAUGUGCACCCACCUCUGGGAAAGAUGCUGAUUGGUCUGGCCGGCUACCUGAGCGGGUACGAUGGCACCUUUUUGUUCCAGAAGCCUGGGGACAACUAUGAGCAUCACAGCUACAUGGGAAUGAGAGGAUUCUGUGCAUUCCUUGGCUCCAUGCUCAUCCCCUUGGCCUACCUCACUGUGCUGGAGCUGUCCCGGUCUCUCCCAGCAGCGCUGCUCACGGCCGCCCUCCUCACCUUUGACACAGGAUGCCUCACUCUGUCCCAGUACAUCCUCCUUGACCCCAUCUUGAUGUUCUUCAUCAUGGCUGCCAUGCUGAGCAUGGUCAAGUACAACUCCUGUGCCAACAGGCCCUUCUCUGCCCCCUGGUGGUUCUGGCUCAGCCUGACCGGCGUUAAUCUGGCUGGCGCUCUGGGAGUCAAGUUUGUUGGCCUCUUCAUCAUCCUGCAAGUGGGGUGGAACACCCUUUCAGACCUUUGGCACCUGUUCGGAGACCUCAGUCUUUCAAUGGUGACCUUGGGAAAACACCUGACCGCUCGCAUCCUGUGCCUCAUAGUGCUGCCACUGGCUCUCUAUAUCGCCACCUACGCUGUCCACUUCAUGGUGCUGAACAAAAGCGGUCCCGGUGAUGGAUUCUUCAGUUCUGCCUUCCAGGCCCGGCUUUCAGGAAACAACCUUCACAACGCGUCCAUCCCCGAACACCUGGCCUACGGCUCCGUGAUCACUGUGAAGAACCUGCGGAUGGCCAUCGGCUACCUCCACUCGCACAGGCACUUCUACCCCGAGGGCGUGGGCGCCCGCCAGCAGCAGGUCACCACCUAUUUGCACAAGGACUACAACAACCUGUGGAUUAUCAAGAAGCAUAAUUCGAACUCAGCAGAUCCCCUAGACCCUUCACACCCAGUGGAGUUUGUGAGACAUGGAGACAUCAUUCGACUAGAACACAAAGAGACUUCUCGGAACUUGCACAGUCACUAUCACGAGGCCCCCUUGACCCGGAAGCACUAUCAGGUCACUGGCUAUGGCAUAAAUGGGUCAGGGGACUCGAAUGACUUCUGGCGGAUUGAGGUUAUAAACAGAAAAUUUGGAAACCGAAUCAAAGUGCUGAGAAGUCGAAUUCGCCUCAUCCAUUUGGUCACAGGUUGUGUCCUGGGCUCCUCGGGAAAGGUCCUGCCCAAGUGGGGCUGGGAGCAGUUGGAAGUCACAUGCACACCAUACCUAAAGGAAACCCUCAGCUCCAUCUGGAACGUGGAGGACCAUAUCAAUCCCAAAUUGCCAAACAUCAGCCUGGAGGUGCUGCAGCCCAGUUUCCCUGAGAUAAUGCUGGAGUCCCACUUGGUGAUGAUCCGGGGGAACAAUGGUCUCAAACCCAAGGACAACGAGUUCACGUCCAAACCCUGGCACUGGCCUAUCAACUUUCAGGGCCUGCGCUUCUCAGGGGUCAAUGACACUGACUUCCGAGUGUAUCUGCUGGGUAACCCGGUGAUCUGGUGGCUGAACCUGCUGAGCAUCGCCCUCUACGUCCUCUCAGCGAGCAUCUUUGCUGUGGCUGUGCAGAGGGGCGUGCAUCUGCCUGUCAAGGUUGAAGGGCUGUCUCAGGUCCUGCUGCGAGGAGGCGGGCAGCUCCUGUUCGGCUGGAUGAUGCAUUACUUCCCCUUCUUCCUGAUGGGCCGGGUCCUCUACUUCCACCACUACUUCCCCGCCAUGCUCUUCUCCAGCAUGCUCACAGGCCUUCUGUGGGAUACCCUCCUGCGGCUCUGUGCCUGGAGCCUGGCCUCCUAUCCACUGGCCAGAUGCGUGCACGUGCUGGGCAUCCUGACCCUGCUCCUGGGAACUGCCUACAGCUUCUACCUCUUCCACCCUCUGGCUUACGGGAUGGUAGGUCCCCUGGCCCAGGACCCCCGAAGUCCGAUGGCCGGGCUCAGGUGGCUGGAAUCGUGGGACUUUUGAGGCCACUGCAAGGACUCCAGCCUGAGACCAGGACCUUCGUGGGGACGGCCAGCUGUGGAGCCAGUCCCCGGACCCUCCCAGCCAUGGAGGAAGCAGCCCGAGGAGCCUGUGGACUUCUGCUGCCUGCCGGCACCCCACCCCGCGAGUGCAACCCACUGGGGAGCAUCGUGGCCCUACUCCUCACAGAGAUUCCUCCACUGGGUCUGCUCAGCCACAGACGACUUCCCUCUCAGGCCCAUCCCCUGUGAGCGGCGUGAGGAAGGAUGAGUGUGGGAGAGUGUGGGGGUGAGUGUGAGCGUGUGUGUGUCCGUGUGCCUCUGCAGUGUAGACCGUGACUGUGGACAGUGGAGCGUCAUAAACUCUAAGAAAUUGUCCAGGGCUACAGUAGUAUUUUCUGGUGUUUUUUUCUCACUGGAUUGGGUUGUAAGAUUCAUCAGAAAUUCUCAGCUCCAGGAAGGCUGACUGUACUGACCGCGCCUUGGGGAAUCACCUCGGGUGGAGCCGCCAGGAUUGUCAAGGCUGUGCCGCCCUCCUUCCCACAAACAAGCAGAUCCUUAAGCCAAACACCCCAAGCUGGAGGGCCCGCCUCUUGCCUGCAGUGUGUGCUCAGGGGCCUGGGUCCCAGCGCGAGGCAGCCCCGCUGGCCCUCCUCAGCCUUCGGCUCCUCACUGUCUGGGAACCCCAGACCUGUGGUUGGUGAGGGGCACAGCACCCUGUCCCUGGUGCUGUGUCCUCAGGGCCUGUGAGCCAGGGGCAACUAGUGGCUGCCCAUCCCCUUCCUUCUGCAUCCAGCCUAGCUGUGAGGUUGGGACCUACAUGCUCCCGCCGGCCCCUCUCCUAGCACCCAGGUGAAUAUGUGGGGUUGCCUGGGCUCCUGGUGGGGUGUCAGGGGCCGGGUUGCCCCGGCCUUUCUGGGCUAGUGUUCCUGUCACUCACUAGGCUUUCCCCAUUCUUCCUUCUCUGGUCCCCCGUGCUGAAGCCCUCCUUUCACUGUUUCAUUCCCCUUCCUCUGGGUCACUGUUUCACCAAUCUCCUUUUCCCCAAGGCCCCAGAGCACCUAGACAUGCAUCAGAACUUCUCUUUACCACCUUGAAGCCCAAGCAAGCAGCUCAGAGCUGUUCCUUUUGCUUCCUCCCUAGAUGAAAAAGAGAAAGAAAACCCUUGGGCCAGAACUGAACUAACCCAAGGCUAAUCUCUCAGCCCGCUUCCAUCCUCCUGGUGCAUGACAAAGUAUUUUUUUUUUUUUGUCUCAGAGGACUAUAACACUUCAGGGUUUAAUGAUGAACCUCUGCUACUUUCCAUCUUCCCUCCUCUGUAGCCCCCACCAGCUCUGCCAAGGUCAGAGCUCUUUCAAGCUCUUUGCUCGGCGGUUGCCACGGAGACUGGAAAUUGGUCCCAAGGACAGGCUGUGCUCCCCACUGGGUGGUGGGGAGGGAAGCUUCUGGCCGCUCGGACAUUCAGACCGACCAUCAUUAAUGUUAAUAGAGGAAAUGCAGUCACAUCCAAAGCAAGGCAGGUUUGUUAAUUAGAUCUGGGGCCCCUGUGACCUCCCUUUCCCAGGGCUGCAGCCCUUUUGACUUCCCCCAGCAGGAAGCGCUGCUGCCUGGUGCUGAGUCUGGGCUGCUUGCUUAAUUGUGUUUCUGGAAGGGAGGGAGAGCAGGGAUGGAGAACCUCUGCUCUCCCAUGCUUCCCAGGCCCCCUCUUCUCUCCCCCAGACCAGGUUGCUUUCUUCUGGGCUGGGAGUGGGGGCAGCCCUCUGGCUGGGCUCUCCUGGAGGUGGAAUGCGGGAGACCCUGGGCUUGACUGUUUUAAAAAACAGUGGCCCCACGCUGACAACCAGGAGGUGGUGGCUGUUUCUCUCGGUGCCUUACUUCCUAAUAGGAACUCGUUGGAAGGGAGGUGCCCUGAAGGAGCCAGAGGGGCAACCACUCUGGUGAGGGCAAGGAGGGCGAAUGCUCAGGUGGCCUCCUGCCUGGCCGCCCUCCUAAUCUGGCCACCCCGGGGACAAGAGCUUCCUUGGUCUCUUCCACUGCUCUCCGGAGAUGAGAGAAGAGCUGUCUGCCCACCCCACCCCCUCCUUUGCCCAGUCUGGCGCACACUUGUGUGGCUGCAUGGGCCAACACAGCUCCAAGGACCCAAGUUGUGUUGUUGGAAGAUGCUGGAGAGAGGGGCUGUCGGAGCCAUGCUCUGCACAUGGGCUCCAGCCCCCGGGAGAAUGUGUCAUGUCCCGCAGACAUGCUGGUGGAGGAAGGAGACAUUUGCCAGCUCAACCUCCAGCCAACUUCUUAAACCACAUUUUAUAUUAGAGAGAAAAAAACAAUUUUUCCACGGAUAAUCAGAGGCCAUUUACUUUUGUAAUAAAUAGCUCUUAUUUUGAAUGCCA